CAGAGUGGACAGUGAGAAAGAGACAGAGAGAAAGGUCUUCCUUUUGCUGUUGGUUCACCCUCCAAUGACCGCUGCGGCCGGCGCACUGUGGCUGGCGCACCGUGCUGAUCUGAAGGCAGGAGCCAGGUGCUUCUCCUGGUCUCCCAUGUUUUAAUUUCCACCAUGGCCAUCACUCAGUUUCGGUUAUUUAAAGUUUGUACCUGCCUAGCAACAGUAUUCUCAUUCCUAAAGAGAUUAAUAUGCAGAUCUGGCAGAGGAAGGAAAUUAAGUGGAGACCAAAUAACUUUACCAACUACAGUUGACUAUUCAUCAGUUCCUAAGCAGACAGAUGUUGAAGAGUGGACUUCCUGGGAUGAAGAUGCACCUACAAGUGUAAAAAUUGAAGGAGGGAAUGGGAAUGUGUCAACACAGCAAAAUGCAUUGGAACAACUGGAACCUGACUAUUUUAAAGACAUGACACCAACUAUAAGGAAAACUCAGAAAAUUGUUAUUAAGAAAAGAGAACCAUUGAAUUUUGGCAUCCCAGACGGUAGCACAGGUUUCUCUAGUAGAUUAGCAGCUACACAGGAUAUGCCUUUUAUUCAUCAAUCUUCUGAAUUAGGUGAUUUAGAUACCUGGCAAGAAAAUACCAAUGCAUGGGAAGAAGAGGAAGAUGCGGCAUGGCAAGCAGAAGAAGUUCUGAGGCAGCAGAAAAUAGCAGACAGAGAAAAGAGAGCAGCAGAACAACAAAGGAAGAAAAUGGAAAAGGAAGCACAGCGGCUAAUGAAAAAGGAACAAAACAAAAUUGGUGUGAAACUUUCAUAACAACUGUUCUUCAGACGUCAUAGUGCCAGUAGGAGAAAUCGGCUCCACAGCCUGGGCAGCAUUUGUAUGGGUUUAAAAGUAUUUUCAGAAUACAGAUACAUUGCUUGAUUUUAAUGCAUCCAUCAGGACACCCAAGAUUCUCCCAAAGUACCUUGAAGUCAGUGAUUGAGACUCACAAGAACAAAAGAGACUUAUGAGAUAAUAUUUUCUUCAACAUGCUCCAAAUAUAAGACAGUUGUUUGCUGUAGAGAAAUUAUUACAAAUGGAAUGUAUCAGUACCUCUCAAGCUAGUGUGUCUAGCUAAAUGGGUGUAAAUAAUUUGAUGGUGGAAAAGAACUCUGCUGUCUAUUAUGCUUCCCUUCAGUGUGCAUAAGUAUAAAAUAAAUAAUUUUAAUAUUCUUUUGUUUCCAUGAUUACCUGUCCUAAAUUAGACAAAUUGUAGGGCUUUAGCUUUCUUAUUUUUGUUUUUAGGAGCUGGUAUUGGCAUAUAUUUCCUCUAAUUUGAGUUAGUAUUAUUCAUGUUUGAUAUAACAUUAAGGAUUUGAUGAUUUUGGUUUUCAAGAAAAAUGACAUUAAAUGCAAUAAUUUUAUUUAUAAAGAUUUUGUACAUCAUUAUUUUCUUUUGAAUGGAGUUAUAAUGUUAUACAUAUUUGUAAUUUAUAUUGCAUGUGUAAACAUUGAAAAUCAGCUAAGAUAGUAAAUUCGUUUUAACUUAUUUUAACUUUUGAGUUUUAAGAACUAGUAUUAGUUGUUUAUCCCUUUCAUUAUAGGCUUUAAAAUGUAAUGUCUUUAAAUACUUUAGCUGUCCCCUUUGCCUCCACUCAGUAGCCAGUAAUUUACAAUGCAGAAAGCCCACAGUUCUAACAUUUCAAAACUUUUAGCUGAUUUCUGUAUCCAUUUUAUAUGUCUGACAUAAUGCAGGUUAUCUGUGUUUUUGGCUAAGGUAACAGCUAGGUAUUAGUUCAUUAAAUUCUAAACCAAGCAAGGAAAAAUCUUUUAUUUGUGGUGUUGAUUGGCUUGUCUUAAAGAAAUAAUUGUAUACUGUGUCCAUAGAGAAGGGAAAAAGAACCAGAUUUGAUAGUUUAAAAUUGCCAUUAACUUUUUGUCACAAUUGAAAUCCAUACAGUCUGAUUUUCUAUGGCUUUAAAAUUUUUAAUGAUUUUUACUUUCUUAAAAGCUGCUGCCCAGAAUUAACAUUUUGUUGGGUUUUAAAGUGUCUUUGGGCCAAACAUUGCAAAUAUAUUUGAACUAAAGUAAUGUUUCAUACUAAAAUCAUAAACUCUAUGAUGAGAACUCUUUAAGUCCUUAACCUAUGCUUCCAGACUAAAUCCAAUUGUAGAAUCAGUUGACUUUAACUUUGGUACAAACUUGCUAUAUCCCCAAACCAGGUUUUCAGUUAUCAUGUGUGUCAGUUACUGCCAGUAAACUCCCAAUUAAAUACAAUUACACUUUUUAAUUAUAAGUGUAUUCUUUUCCCUCCUUUUUUUUUUUUUUUUUGUUUUUAGUUAUUAUGGAGUACCACACAGUUUCUCUAAAUCGGGGUUCAUAAAGGAUAACCUCCUUUCCUAUAAUAACAUUUACUGCUUUUCCCCAAUGGGUGAAAAGUAUUGAAAUCUCCUUUAGUUACAGUUUCACAUGGAUAAGGUUUUGUUUUUAGGUUUGGUUCCUUGGUUUUUGGUUAUUCAGAAAUACAGGCUGAUUAAAAGAGUUUAUGCGACUAAUUAAGAGGACAGUUAUUUUGUGGAAAGAAUAAAUAAAUAUGGAUUUUUUUUUUUUUACUCUCUUGAUGUGUAACUGAAAUUCUUGUAUUAAAUUGAGUAUAUAUCAUGGUCCCCAAAGAAGUCAUUGAGUUAAAUACACCCUGUAAAUAUUC